UGUCCCCAGGGAGCUGGCUCUGUCCCAGCUGCCGCCACCCCCGGACGGGGCUAUAAGAGGCGGCGGGGCCGGGCCGGGCCAGCGCCACCACCAUGGCACCGCCACUGUCCCCGCUGUCCCCAGCGCUGCCGCUGCUCCUGGCCCUGCUCUGCGCCACCACAGGGCUGGGGGCUCGGGGGGGUCCCUGUGAGCUGCCCCCCCAGGAGUGGUGCCGGAGCUGGGACUCAGCGCUGCGCUGCGGGGCCCUGGGGCUCUGUGCCCGCCUGGCGUGGGCCCCCCCCGGCUCGGACAUCUGCAAGGACUGCCAGCAGGUUGUCACCCUCCUCGUCCACAUGGCCAACGAGUCGGCCACCAAGGUGGCCGUGGAGAGCUUCCUGCGGCGGGAGUGUGCGGCACUGCCCGUGCCAUCCAUGGUGACCCCGUGCCAGAACCUGGUGCACGAGUACCUGGAGCUCCUUGUCACCGACCUCCAGGAUCGUCUGAAGCCCUCGUGGGUCUGUGGCCACUUGGAUCUGUGCCCGGGGGGGGCCCCGGCCCUGCCCCCCCUGGGAGCUCUCAGCACCCGCCUGAAGGUGGCGGUGCCGAUGCCGCAGUGCUGGCUGUGCCGCACCAUGGUGUCCCGGCUGGAGGCCACGGUGCCGGUGGAGCGGGUGGCAGCGGUGGCCUCGGGGCUGUGUCACCUCCUGCCGCUGCCGCUGACCGGAGCCUGCCAGUGCCUGGCGCAGCGUUACACCGCGCUGCUGCUGGAGCGGCUGCUGGGAGUGCUGGGCCCACGCGUGCUCUGCCGCUUCCUGAGGGCGUGCGGGGAGGGGGACACCCGCGACCCCCUCCUGCUGCCGCCUCCCGAGCCGCCUCUCCGGUACGGCGGGGAAGUGGCGUCCCCUGAAGGUGACUUCGCGGAGAAGACGGCGGUGACAUCCGGAUGGCACCUCGGGGACACCUGGGAGCCACCGGCUGCUUGUGCUGGCACCCAGGAGAUGGGACAGGGCCCCCCUGCCUUGUCCCCAAAGCUGGGACCCUGUGCCCUGGGGCCCAUCUACUGGUGCUCCAGCCCAGGGGCUGCCCUGCGCUGCCAGGCCCUGCAGCACUGCCAGGAGCACAUCUGGGCCUAGAGCAGGGGGACAGCCCCCAGGAGCCUCUCCCCCGUCGUGUCCCUUGUCCCCAACCCUCAAAUAAAGCUUGGCUGUCACUCUG